AUGCCCAAAGAAGUGGGGGAGGGAGGAAAAGAGGGUGGAAGAGGAGAGUAAGAAUGGGGGGUUGGGGGGAGAGACUGAGUGUGAAACAGAGGAAACAUGUGACCCCCGCUGCUGCCCCAAUCUACGCGUCCCCGGGCGUCACGUGGCCAGGAAGGGCGGAGAGCCCAGCCCUCCUCGCGGUGUUGAGCCGCCGCCGCUGCGACUGCCCAUCUAGCUUCUGGUUUCUCCGCCGCGGAAUCUGAGGAAAUCAGAGCGGGCGGGCGGGCUUCUUCCAGCUCCGGCUCCCCACCUUGCCUUCUUACCCUGGUGGCUGCGCUGCGCCGCGCGGGAUCUCGAUUACUGCGAAGGAAAAAACACUGGGUGUGCAGGUUCCCUUCGCCCCUGGAGUUGACAGUCCGGCCGGUGUCCACACUCCCACCGGUGCUCUUUCUGGACACCCCUGCAGUCUAUUCCUCACGCGCACCCGCCUCCAAAAGAAGGUUUCAGUUUAUUUUCGACCUGGGGAAAGGAAGAACGACGAGGAGGAAAAAAGAGGGAGGCGGCGGAUGGCAAACGUAGAAUAAAUGUCCAUCUCGUCCUCGGAGCGAAAUCGAGGGAGGGGACACACAGGGAGGCGGCGAAGAGGGAGCUGCCCAUUAAAACCAGCUCUGAGAGUCCUGGCGGCGGCGCGGGACGCGUCACAUCCCCUUGACCCUCCAAUCACCUCGGGCUCCCAUUUGAUUGGAAGGCGGCAAAGGCUUUAAUCUCCCCCUUGGUGCAGCUGCUUUUGAAGUGAGUUUCCUCGCCAGAGCCCCGGCUGGACACGCAGCGGCUCACAUCGCAGAGCGCAGCGCCGGCGCGGGGCCGCGAAAACAUAGCGCAGGGGAGCAGCCCGAGGCGGACACCGCGAGCCGCCCGGCACUCCCGCAGUCCAGCCGGCUCCUCUAGCCCGGCCACGGCUCCGCUGCGGGCCACCCAGGAUUACUCGCGUCUGGCUCCAGGCGCCCAGAAGGCGCGCUGGGCGCCCGUGGCCGCCGCGCCAGCUCCUCCUCCGCCCGCUGCUCCUGCUCCCCGGGCGAGCGCGCAGCCCCGAGCCCGCCCCGCGCCUCCCGGAGCCCUCCCCCCCGCUGCUCCCAUGCGCGCGGGUGGGUCAUGAGCACAGCGCCCUCGCUUUCUGCCCUAAGAAGCAGUAAGCACAGCGGCGGCGGCGGCGGUGCAGACCCUGCCUGGACCAGCGCGCUCUCUGGAAAUAGCUCCGGCCCCGGCCCAGGCUCGUCCCCGGCCGGCAGCACCAAGCCUUUUGUGCACGCCGUGCCCCCCUCUGACCCCCUGCGCCAGGCCAACCGCCUGCCAAUCAAGGUGCUGAAGAUGCUGACGGCACGAACUGGCCACAUUUUGCACCCCGAGUACCUGCAGCCCCUGCCUUCCACGCCUGUCAGCCCCAUCGAGCUCGAUGCCAAGAAGAGCCCGCUGGCGCUGUUGGCGCAAACAUGUUCGCAGAUCGGGAAGCCCGACCCCUCGCCCUCCUCCAAACUCUCCUCGGUUGCCUCCAACGGGGGCGGCGCGGGCGGUGCCGGCGGCGGCGCUGCGGGCGACAAGGACACCAAAUCGGGCCCCCUGAAGCUGAGCGACAUCGGCGUGGAAGACAAGUCGAGUUUCAAGCCGUACUCCAAACCUGGCUCGGAUAAGAAGGAGCCGGGAGGCGGCGGUGGAGGCGGGGGCGGUGGCGGGGGCGGCGGCGGGGGUGUUUCGUCGGAGAAGUCGGGAUUCCGGGUACCGAGCGCCACCUGCCAGCCAUUCACGCCCAGGACAGGCAGCCCGAGCUCCAGCGCCUCGGCCUGCUCGCCGGGAGGUAUGCUGUCCUCGGCCGGGGGUGCCCCGGAGGGCAAGGACGACAAGAAAGACACCGACGUGGGCGGCGGCGGCAAGGGCACCGGGGGCGCCUCGGCCGAAGGGGGACCCACGGGGCUGGCACACGGCCGGAUUAGCUGCGGCGGCGGGAUUAAUGUGGAUGUGAACCAGCAUCCGGAUGGGGGCCCGGGAGGCAAGACUCUGGGCUCGGACUGCGGCGGUUCAUCGGGCUCCAGCUCCGGCUCCGGCCCCAGCGCGCCCACCUCCUCUUCAGUGCUGGGCUCUGGGCUGGUGGCUCCCGUGUCACCCUACAAGCCGGGCCAGACAGUGUUUCCUCUGCCUCCCGCGGGCAUGACCUACCCAGGCAGCCUGGCCGGUGCCUACGCCGGCUACCCGCCCCAGUUCCUGCCACACGGCGUGGCACUUGACCCUACCAAGCCGGGCAGCCUGGUGGGGGCGCAGCUGGCGGCGGCCGCGGCCGGGUCUCUGGGCUGCAGUAAGCCGGCCGGCUCCAGCCCCUUGGCCGGAGCGUCUCCGCCGUCCGUGAUGACAGCCAGUUUGUGCCGGGACCCGUACUGCCUCAGCUACCACUGCGCUAGCCACCUGGCAGGGGCGGCGGCCGCCAGCGCUUCUUGCGCACAUGAUCCGGCCGCUGCGGCCGCGGCGCUGAAGUCCGGAUACCCGCUGGUGUACCCCACGCACCCGCUGCACGGUGUGCACUCCUCGCUAACGGCCGCCGCGGCUGCUGGUGCCACACCGCCCUCCCUGGCCGGCCACCCCCUCUACCCCUACGGCUUUAUGCUUCCUAACGACCCGCUCCCUCACAUCUGCAACUGGGUGUCGGCCAACGGGCCGUGCGACAAGCGCUUCGCCACGUCCGAAGAGCUGCUGAGCCACUUGCGGACCCAUACUGCAUUCCCCGGGACAGACAAACUGCUGUCGGGCUACCCCAGCUCGUCAUCUCUGGCCAGCGCCGCCGCGGCCGCCAUGGCUUGCCACAUGCACAUCCCCACCUCGGGCGCACCAGGCAGCCCUGGGACGCUGGCGCUGCGCAGCCCCCACCACGCGCUGGGACUCAGCAGCCGCUACCACCCCUAUUCCAAGAGCCCGCUUCCCACGCCUGGCGCCCCCGUGCCGGUGCCCGCCGCCACCGGACCCUACUACUCCCCCUACGCCCUCUACGGACAGAGACUGACCACCGCCUCGGCGCUGGGGUAUCAGUGAGGGCGGCAGGGAGGGCGAGCGAGGGAGAGGAAGGAGCUGGGGGAGGGGAGGAGCCCAGGGAGGGGCGGGAUCACGGCCCAGGUUGCUGACACCCGCGCGUGGGGAGGACUCGGGCCACGAAAGGAAAGAAAUAUAUACCGUAUCUAUCUACCCGACAGCAGCGACCGAGACCCAGUGGGACACUCCCCUUCUCCCCACUCUCACCUCCCCACCCAAACUUUAUAAAAGUUGAAAAAAUACCAUUUGACUUUUUAUAGAAAAAAGGAAAAAAUAAUUGAGAAAGUGUUCAUCUGAGGACUGCAUCGGUGGACACUGGUAUUUAUUUAUGUUAGCUCCAAGCGGACCCGUGGUUCAAAAGUGCAUUAUUUAGUUUGAGCUCUGUAGGUAAAGAGGAGGGAAAAAAUUUAAAACUUGAGGGUAAAAAUGUGGAAAACAAACCCUCCCAUCCCUUGUAGAUUAUAAAUAAAAGCAAAACCGCCACAGAACUAGAGGUCUUCUCUUUAAUGUUACUUUAAAAUUGCUAUGAUUGUAUUGUACGUUAUUUAAUGUCUGAUUGAAACACAAAUUUACAUGCAUGUUUGUUACAAAAAAUGAAAAAAAAGUCACAAUUUGUCAGCUCUGAUUUCAAAUUGCAAUUAUUUUUAAGGUGUAUACCAUCGAAGAGAAUGGGUAUUUUUUUGUAUGUAUUCUGGAAGAAAACAACAAAAAGAAAAAGAAAAAAUUCUAUUCCAAAACCUCAUUUGCCUUAUUUUGUUCUUUAAAAGGAACACUUAACUAUUUUUAAUUUUUAAGUCCACCCGCUGAGAAGGGGACAAGGUUUACGUCAUGUACUAAAAUAAUAGACAAUGUAUCGCUUUAAAGAUUAAAAUUCCGUAUAUUUGAUGUAUUAAAGGGUUUUACUUCU